CGUUCUCUCCUGUUUCAGCUCAGCUCAGCUCUCAGAUAGUUGCAGUGUUGGAAGCUAGUUGCACUGAUCAACCGAGCUUUGCUGUCGGAAAUAGGGUUUAAUCGAGUGAUCAUCGCUUUUAUCGGUUGGUGGCAAAUGAACAUGAUGAAUCAGUGGCUAGUGUUUGCAUGUGCCUUGCUGGCGGCCUCCUCCUCGGCGGCGCUCGCGUCCGCGUCCUCGCCGCUGCAGGUCGGGUUCUACAAGCACUCGUGCCCGCAGGCCGAGGACAUGGUGCGCAACGCCGUCCGCCGCGCCGUCGCCAGGGACCCCGGCGUCGCCGCGGGCCUCAUCCGGAUGCACUUCCACGACUGCUUCGUCCGGGGGUGCGACGCCUCCAUCCUGCUCGACUCCACGCCGGGGCAGCCGCAGCAGGAGGCCGAGAAGCACUCGCCGGCCAACUUCCCGAGCCUGCGCGGGUUCGAGGUCAUCGAUGAGGCCAAGGCCAUCGUGGAGGCGCACUGCCCGCGCACGGUCUCCUGCGCCGACAUCGUCGCCUUCGCCGCGCGCGACGGGGCCUACCUCGCCGGCGGCAUCGACUACCGCGUCCCCGCCGGCCGCCGCGACGGCCGCGUGUCCGUCAAGGACGAGGUGCUCAAGGACAACCUGCCGUUCCCGGACUCCACCGUGGCGAAGCUCAUCGAGAGCUUCAGGCGCAAGGGCCUCUCCGCGGACGACAUGGUCACGCUCUCCGGCGCGCACUCCAUCGGCCGCUCGCACUGCUCGUCGGUCACGGCCCGGCUGUACAGCUUCCUGGGCGAGACGGGGCGGACGGACCCGGCCCUCAACCCGGCGUACGCGGCGGACCUGAAGCGGCGGUGCCCGCCAUCCACGGAGGACCGCACCACGGUGCCGCUCGACAUGGUGACGCCCAACACCUUCGACAACCAGUACUUUAAGAACGUGCUGGCGCACAAGGUGCCCUUCACCUCCGACCAGACGCUGCUCGACAGCCCCUGGACCGCGGGGCUCGUCGCGUUCCACGCCGCCGUCGGCCAGGCGUGGGAGGCCAAGUUCGCCAAGGCGAUGGUCAAGAUGGGCGCCAUCGAGGUACUCACCGGCCAUGAGGGCGAGAUCAGGCAAAAGUGCUCCAUGGUGAACUACUACUAGUUGGUUCGAAGAGAGAGAUUCUCGCCGCCGGCUCCUUUACCCUAUUUUGGACAAUUUGUACAUUUGGCAUGGACAUAAAUAUGAUAAUAUUUUAUUUGAGUUACGAAAAAAACUAAUUUCCAC